AGUUCGUCUCUUUCUUUCAAAAUGUUGAAAUAGAAAUUAGGUUUCAGUUUGAGAGCCCGAUGUUUUUUAUUUUUAUCAAUUUUUUAUUUUCUGAAUUUUUUUAAUUAAACUUAAUGGCUUAAUGGGAAAAACCAGACGAGCGGCUCGAGCGGUUAACCGCCUCGGCCGCUUGCCAGCCGAUACAUAAAACCGAAGCGGUUUUUAGACUUUUUGAGCCGCUUUGGUGACCAGGUGGCGGUUUUACCGGUCGGGCCGGACGACUCGGUUUGGCUUUAAUAACACUGCAAAAUACAUAUGAAUGUGUAUAAUCGAGCGGGUUCGGAUUGGAUAGUGAGAAACCCAUGCCCACCCAUUACCCGCAAUAUUCGGGUUCGGGUUUACCCGUACCCACUAAAAGUCUUUCGGGUUCGGAUUUUACCCUACCCGAUUAUGUCGGAUUCGGGCGGAUAUCCACGGUUACGGAUAUUUUUGCCAUCCCUAGUAUUAAGUGUGUGUAUAUAAUAUAUACUAGAUAUAUGGCUAGUUACUUAACCGGUUAAUUUGAUUUGAUUGGUUAGCAGUGUCUGAAACCAAAGCAAAUUACGUAAACAAAACAAGCUAAAAAAGUUAACCAAUCCAAACCAAUUAUCCAAAUUAAUCAAACCAAUCAUUCAAAUUAAUCAAACCAAACUAUCAAUUUACAAACGAUUAAAACAAUUACCUUCGUUUGAAGGAAAGUAAACGGCGGUGUGAUUAGUUUUAGAGAAUAAUAUAAGUAUGUUUAUUGCCUUUCUUUAGUGGGCUUAAUGUUUAUAUUUAUAAUUUAUUUAUAGUCAUCAAUCAAUCAUAAUCUGAAGCCACAAAAAAAAAAAACAAAAAAAGGGAAGUCACAGCUCCACCAAAGCACCACCAGCCACUACCAGCCGCCCUAAAAGUAAACGCUCCACGGGCAAAUGGGAUUAGAUAUUAGAUCAUAUUCACUCAAAACAAUAAUCAUAUUCACAGGAAGCUUUUUAUUCGUUUUGUUUCUCCUCAGCAUCCACCCAUCAGUUCGUACAGCCUUCCCUUCGCUGUUCAUUUUUCACAAUAAUAAUAAUAAUCAUGAAAACAAAUUAAUCUGAGUUUCUCUCUCUGUGAUUUUCCUUUUUUUCUUUCUUGUUAUCUUUUUCCUCCAUAGUGUAGUUGCCAUUAUCAUAUCAACAACCAGACGUCAUACAUCCACAAACAACAUCCCUUUCUCCCCUCUUUCUCCUCUCCCCCCACAUUUUGUUAUAUUGUUUUUCUACUCAAGGUCAAUGGGGGCUUCAUUGCAGUCCUCAAUUCCUUGCUGGUCGCCCUUAGACCUGGUAAUCAUGUACUUUGCUCCUCCUACCUUGUCCUCCACCACCACCAUCACCAUCUCUCCAUCCUAUUCCUCUCCUUCUUCUUCUUCUUCCUCCAGCUCUUUCCCUCUUGCCCACCACCAUUCUCCUGUUAAUGAAUGAAUAGCGACCAUGGUAGUAGCUAAAAGAGACAAGCUUGCUUCUCUGUCUUUCUCGGCUUCUUCCUGUCCAUCCCCACCAUCAUUUUCCUCUUCUUCUUUGAUUGGAGUUUUGUGGGUUACUCUGCUGAUCCAAUUUCUGCAGCUGCUUCCUCCAUGCCAAGCUCAACCUCCAACCCUGUGCAGCCCAAUUGAUCGAGCUUCCCUCCUGUCCUUCUUCUCCAACAUCUCCUCCACGUCAUCUCCUCCAUUAAAUUGGUCCUCUGCUGAGUGCUGCAGAUGGGAAGGAAUUGGGUGCGAUGCAAUCAGUGGCCGCGUGACCCAUCUGGAGCUGCCCUUUAGAGGCCUCGUCGGCACCCUCUCCCCGUCGCUCGCCAACCUCACCCGCCUCUCUCAUCUCAACCUCUCCCACAAUCGCCUCUAUGGAGUCAUCCCACCUGCCUUCUUCUUCUCUUCUCUGCCCACCCUCCAGAUUCUUGAUCUCAGCUACAAUCGCCUCUCCGGUGAAUUGCCAUCCGAUGCUAGCAACAACAGUACCGCUGCUCUUGCCACCCGGAUUGUGGAUUUGUCCAGCAACAAUUUCCACGGGGAAUUACUUCCUCGGACCCUGUUCAUUCGGCCAGCCAGGAAUCUGACCAUCUUCAACGUCAGCAACAACACCUUCACCGGCACCAUUCCGUCCACUAUCUGCUCCUCUUCAUCCUCGCUGGCUGCUCUCGACUUCUCCUUGAAUGAUUUCAGCGGCCCUAUCCCUCCGGGCUUCGGUACGUGUUCGCAGCUGCGGGUUCUGCGGGCCGGAUUCAACAAUCUGUCGGGCUCCAUCCCUGACGACAUCUACACGAUUAAGUCGCUGGAGGAGCUCUCCUUGUCCGUCAACCACCUUACCGGCCCCAUCAGCAACGCGACGGUCAACCUCGGCCGCCUCAAGACCCUGGAGCUCUUUUCCAAUCAGCUGGUUGGUCCAAUACCUGAAGAAAUAGGCAGGCUGCCCAAGUUGGAAACUUUGCAGCUCCAUGUCAACAAUCUGACCGGCUUCCUGCCCUCGUCGCUGGCCAACUGUACCAAUCUGGUCAUCCUGAAUUUGCGGGUCAACUCCCUCGCAGGCCAGCUUGACGACUUCAACUUCUCCACCCUCCAGCGCCUUACCACCCUUGAUCUUGGUAACAAUGCCUUCACAGGUAACCUUCCCUCCAGCCUUUUCUCCUGCACGUCGCUAACUGCCAUUAGAUUUGCCAGCAAUCAGCUCUCUGGCCAGAUAUCAACCGACAUACAAGCCUUGCAGUCUCUUGCUUUCCUUUCCAUUUCCAACAAUAACCUCAGCAACUUCACUGGUGCUCUGAAAUUUUUGACGGGUUGCAAGAACCUCUCUACUCUCAUUCUCUCCAAGAACUUUUACUUUGAGGCCAUACCACAGGAGGGAAACAUAGUAGACCCAACUCGUUUUCAGAAUAUCCGGGUUUUGGCCUUGGGUGGAUGCAAAUUCUCUGGCCAGGUACCUGCUUGGCUGGCCAACCUCAAGAGCCUCGGGGUCCUGGAUUUGUCCUUCAACCAAAUCACGGGCUCCAUUCCCAGUUGGUUUGGUAGUCUGCCAAGUCUUUUCUACAUGGACUUGUCCAAUAAUCGACUCUCAGGGGACGUUCCUGUGGAACUAAUGGAGCUACAAGCCCUCGUACCACCGCAGUUGGUUCAAUCAGUGGAGAAGACUAAUCUGGAGCUGCCCGUGUUUGUUAACCCGAAUAACGCUACCAUUACCAAUCUGCAGUACAACCAACUUGCCAGCCUCCCACCAGCAAUAUACCUGGGCAACAACAGCCUUAGUGGGAGCAUUCCAGAACAGGUUGGGCACCUCAAGGGCCUUCAUGUUCUGGAUCUCAGCUCAAACAACUUCACUGGGAUCAUCCCAGAUGAGAUAUCCAACCUCACUAAUCUAGAAAAGUUGGACCUUUCUGGGAAUCACCUAUCUGGAGAAAUUCCUGCAGAACUAAAAGGGCUGCAUUUCUUGUCGUGGUUCGACGUCGCAGGUAACAACCUUCAGGGCUCAAUCCCUACUGGAGGUCAGUUUGACACUUUCUCCAGCUCCAGCUUUGCAGGAAACCCGGGAUUGUGCGGUCCAGUUUUGCAGCGCUCUUGUCCUGGUUCACCAGAAGAUGCACGUCCGACUUCGCCUCGCAAAAAGAAAGCUGCAAAUGCUAAAGUUGUUGUUGGGCUUGUUCUAGGCAUCUGUUUUGGCACUGGUUUAUUGAUUGCUGUUGUGGCACUGUGCGUACUGUCUAAGAGAAGGAUCAUCCCAGGAGGAGAUAGCGACAAGAUUGAAAUGGAGACAUUUUCCAGUAACUCCUACCCCAGAAUCUCUCCAGACUCUGACAAAGACACCAGCCUAGUUAUGUUGUUUCCCAACAACGCUAGCGAGAUAAAAAACUUCACCAUAUCAGAACUCUUGAAGGCAACCGACAACUUUAGUCAGGCUAACAUUGUUGGCUGCGGGGGUUUUGGACUGGUCUAUAAAGCAACAUUAGCAAAUGGGACAAAGCUGGCUGUCAAGAAGCUCUCAGGAGACUUCGGGAUGAUGGAGAGAGAGUUCAAAGCAGAGGUAGAGGUGCUGUCAACAGCGCAACAUGAGAACCUGGUGUCCCUGCAAGGUUACUGUGUCCACAAUGGCUUCCGGCUGCUAAUUUAUUCAUAUAUGGAGAAUGGAAGUCUGGAUUACUGGUUACAUGAGAAGACUGAAGGUGCAUCCCAACUGGACUGGCCUACUCGACUGAAGAUCUUAAGAGGUGCAAGUUGUGGUGUGGCUUACAUGCACCAGAUAUGCGAGCCACACAUAGUGCACCGGGAUAUCAAGUCCAGCAACAUUCUCCUCGAUGAGAAGUUUGAAGCACACGUGGCAGAUUUCGGGUUGUCCAGGUUGAUUCUUCCGUAUCGCACUCAUGUUACAACCGAGCUUGUUGGUACUCUUGGCUACAUUCCUCCAGAAUAUGGUCAAGCAUGGGUAGCCACUUUGCGAGGAGAUGUGUACAGCUUCGGAGUUGUUAUGCUAGAGUUGCUCAGUGGGAAAAGACCUGUCGAAGUCUUCAAGCCAAAGAUGUCAAGAGAAUUGGUUGGAUGGGUGCAUCAUAUGAGGAACGAGGGAAAACAAGAACAGAUAUUUGACCCGAUCCUGCGAGGAAAGGGCUAUGAACAAGAAAUGGUGAAAGUGUUGGAUGUGGCCUGCAUGUGUGUCAACCACAACCCGAUGAAGAGACCUACCAUCCAGGAGGUUGUAGAUUGGCUGAAGACCGUAGGCUCACUGAGAGAUCAGAACAAGAGUUAGUGAGAGCUGAAGUUAAUUUCAGCACAAACAAAGAACACAUAUAUGUAUACUUGCACAGAAAAGGGAGGUGAAAGAAAUGCCACGGGUUUCUACUGCAGAUUUUAUAUCAUUUUUCUCGUGUAAAUUAUGAAAUUUUCGGACGAUAUGGUUUCAGAUAUGUACAAAGAACAUAAUGUAAGUUAAGUGAAGACCUGAUUUAACUCAUGCAUCUUCUUGUAGCAGCAGCUGGAACAUCCUCUACCAAAGAAUUGUCAUCAUAGCAAGAACUUGUAGUUUCCAAGAUGCAUAUAUUACUGUUAAGCUUCUCUGUUCCUAACAGACAUGGGGAUGAGUCCAUGGCAGUGGCAGGAUGAAAGGCAAAAGAGUCAGUGCAGUACUUCUAUCCUCAAUUCCCUCUAUUUCAGUCCCAACAUCAACUUGCGUUCUUGCUGAACCUAUUGAUGACUUGAUCGACAUUUCUCCAGUUUUCAGCUGAACUUUCAAAUACGACCAAGCAGGUAUAGGGAAUUAAUAUCCCAUCGUCUUUCUUCCAAGUUGAAAAUAGUUCGGUGAGGCAUUUCAUCGAACGGGUUCCCGGCAUCCCCAGUCACAGAAUGAUGAUAACAAGCCUUAUUGUUGCUACGUAUCCAUUGGCCACUGACAAGACAUUAACAUACCUAAGAGAAGCUGCGAAAUUGUCGACUGCACGAAAGUCGAAAGAUGAUAGUUGUUCAUUAGAACCCCAAUCUCUGGGCCAUUGACGCUCGUUAGGCGUUGUAAGUUGUAACUACCGAAAGCACUCGGUUUAUUUUCCCUUCUACUCCGUAGAGGCCGAAAAAUGAUAAAGGGGACUAUGUACAUUGUGUUUGAGCCAAAAACCAGGCCUAUUUCUAAUUUUAGGUGAAUAACCAUACAUAACUCAAUCACCAUUUGUCACAUCAGCGCCAAUUUUCUUUCUUGAAAAACCUUUAAUUUUUUCCCUCCUAAAAUUUAACGGAUGAUUUCUUACUCGUUUUAAGUCGGAAUUUAAAUUUUUACACAAUUAGAUCAGAUUAAAUGUAUUCUUUAAAAUGAUAUUCGCUUUGAUAUAUGUUUUGAACAAAAAAAAUUGAGCCAUUUUUACCAGUAUAUACCAUAUGGUAUUUGACUGGUAUCAAAUAAGAACAUACCAGAUGGUAUGAAAAAGUUUACCAUGGUGGUAUGAACAUAUCAAUACUGUAGGAUAAUUGAAUACAUGAUAGUAGCUAUAUACUAACUGUCAUUUACGACUUUCAACAUUGUGUACCACAAGAUACCACCACAUAGCAGGGUGGUAUUGUAUGAUAUUUUUUGGUCAUGUAUUUUGUUCACCCAGAAAUUUGUAGAUCAAAAUAGAUCAUGAUGAACUCGUUCAUUAUGUGCAAAAAUUUUCAAAAAACGACAUAAAAAUGAAGAAGAUACCACAUGAUAUGCAGUUGAAAAUGGAUCUCAUUUUGUAGAGCACAACGAACUCGUUCCAUCUGUGGAAAAAAAAUUGAAAUUCGAGUUAAAACGAAGAAGGUAUGAGUCGAUUAAAAAAACAAGGGAAAUAAAAAUGUCUUUAAUUCUCCACCAUUAUAUCUGGAUUUUUUGGGCCCACUUAAAUAUGAUGGCUGAGAUUUGGUUACUCAUGGUGAGUAACCAUGGGGUUACUGAUGGGAACUUCCACUCUUCAAUGACUGCGGCCCGACGAACCCAUCAGCCGUACGGCAACCACCCCGUGCGGAACCUCCCUCCCACCAUUGUUCACGACCCGCGGAAACCAACCCUUCACCGACUGCCAUACGAUCUGCUAAUGAUAUGUGACCACUAACUUAUUUCUAUUGUUACUACUAUUCCAGGUUAAAGUGCAAUCACGAUCGGGUGUAGUAUAUUGGAAGUGAAGUUUAAUUAUAAACCUAAAUGGCAGGGGCGGAACCACUUGAGGCCAAUGUAAGUCAUUUGCACCACAUUGGUCCAGAAAAUGUAGAGUAAAUUUGCUUAUACGAU